AUGGACCUAGCCGGGAAGAAUGUCCUGAUUACUGGUGCCAGUGCUGGCAUUGGGAAAGAGCUUGCGCUGCAGUUUGCCCGACACAAAGCGAACGUUGCCCUCCUUGCGCGUCGCGUGGAAGCACUCGAAGAAGUAGCAGCAGAGUGCCGACUGGCAUCAGGUAACCAGGCAAAGGUGCUCCCUCUUCGCUGCGAUGUUACGGACCGCGCGUCAUGCAGAGAAGCUGUUCUUGGGGCCACCAACGAGAUGCAGACGGUGGACAUCAUCAUCCUCAAUGCGGGGGUCAGCAUGGGAUGCUACUUCGAAGAUAUCAAGGAUCUGUCAGAUGCAGACAAACUCAUGGAUGUGAAUUUCAUGGGAACAGCAAAUGUGCUUUUCUAUGCCUUGCCUUACAUUCCAAAGCGCAGUGACUCCAGGAUCGUGGUGGUUUCUUCUAUAGCUGGAUUGUUCGGUGUCCCUUUCCGUACCUUUUAUUGUGCCUCGAAGUGGGCACUUCAUGGAUUUUGUGCUUCCCUGCGCACAGAACUCUUGGAUGCAUAUGGGAGCAACUCACCGGCCGUGGUUCUGACAUGUCCAGGCGAGGUCUCUACCUCUUUGAACUCAAGCCGGCUGAAAUUCGGGAAUGAUGUGGCGGCCGAGUUCUUGGACAGUGUGGCAGAACCCACAAGUCAAGCUGCGAACAAGAUUCUUGAAGCCACGAUCGCUGGCGUCAAGGUUGGCUUCUUCACAAAAGCCCAUUCCUGGCUCUCCAGCUGCUACGGCUGGAUUCCUGCCACCAUUGACGGUAUCAUGAUCAAGGGCGUGAGAAGUAGGAUGCGGGCGCCGCGCUAUGGAAACUGGUAG